UUCCAGAGACCCGGGAUUCUGUUGGGUUGGUGCGGGUGGGGAGGGGGGAGGGAGAAGCAAAAGGAGGAACCCGGGGGCCGCUUUCUCCCCCCAACCCCUCCACCCCAACCCUCCUUUAAAAAAAAAAAGGAGGGGAGGGGUGGAAGGAUCAGCUCUCCGCCGGCCCUCGGCGUUCAAAAGGAAGCUGGCCAGGGAGAGAGAAGGGGAAAGCUGUUCCCCCCCCCCCCCAUGGAGAGCGAUGCAGGGAGCAAAGUUGGAAGUGUGAAGCGAAACUAGGGAUCUCCCGCUUGACGGCUGGGAUCCGGUCCAAGAGCGCACCAAAGAGACCUUUCUGUGGAGAGAGAAAGAGAGAGAGGCAGAGAGAGAGAGAUAACCCCGGUUGAUGCAGCGUGUUGGCUACUAAGGAACUGAAGAUGAGAAGGUGCUUCGAAAGUGUCGGGCUGCAAUGCUUUCUUAAGGACAGGGCUAUGGCCGUAACACAGGGCCAGAAAUACCUCCUCAUCUUCGACUUCGAUGAGACCAUCGUGAACGAAAACAGCGACGAGUCCAUCCUCCAGGCCGCUCCAGGGAAGCAGCUCCCGGAAUCGAUCCGAAGCACGUACCGCGAGGGUUUCUACAACGAGUACAUGCAGCGGGUCCUGCAGUACAUGUGUGACCAAGGAGUCAAGAUGGCCGACUUCAAAGCAGCCUACGAAAGGAUCCCGCUCUCCCCUGGCAUGGCUGACCUCUUCCAGCUCCUCUCCAAGCAACAGGACCACUUCGAGAUCAUCCUCAUCUCCGACGCCAACAUGUUUGGCAUCGAGUGCGCCUUGAAGGCGGCCGGGGCCUAUCCCCUCUUCCGUAAGAUCUUCAGCAACCCCUCGAGCUUUGACAAGAGAGGCUACUUCACCUUGGGCCCUUACCACUCGCACAACUGCAAGCGUUGCCCGGCCAACAUGUGUAAGCACAAGAUCCUGACAGAAUACCUGGCAGAGAGGGCACAGGAAGGGGCCAGGUUCGACCGCGUCUUCUACGUCGGGGACGGAGCCAAUGACUUCUGCCCUUCCACCACGCUGAAGUCGAGCGACGUCGCCUUCCCUAGGAAAGGCUACCCCAUGCACCAGCUCAUCCAGGAGACUGGGAAAAGCCAGCCUGGGACUUACCAGGCCACGGUCGUCCCCUGGGACUCUGCCGUAGAGAUUUCUCGUCACCUUCAAGAAGUUCUCAAGAAGAAAUGUUGAGGGCGGGGGAGACCUUUGGCGGGAGGAAACAGCUGCUCUCGUUUGGAAAGAUCUGAACGAUUAUAGCAUCACGGCUCUCUCA